UUUAAAAAACAAAUGUGCGAGACUAGGGAAUGAGUGGGAGGCAUAUAUUAUACUCGUAUGUGUUUAAAACGAAAAAAUGAAAGAGAUGAUGGCAAACCCUAGGAGGAAUUCAUAUUCAAUUUCAUGCGGGAACAACGAAAGCUCAUCGUCGUCGUCGGAGAACAACCAGCAGCGGCCAUUUGAGGCACAAACCCUAACAGCGGUGAAAUUGUUUUUGAAGAAGCCCCAUGCCUUCCCUUUUCUCCUUUCGUUAUUCCUCCUCCUCACCUGGCUCUUCCUCAGAUUCCAACAACUGUCUCCACAUUUCUCCACCUCCUCCCCUCCACACCUAGAAAGAGAAGACAUUGAUGGCGAUCAGAAGGCCAACCUCGUCAGAUUCGCCUCUGCCUAUCCUUCACGCAUCACCAAAGACAAGCGCGGAUGGUUGCUGAAUCCCCUCUCCGUUGCCUUUCAUGCUGGCAUUUCAGGAGUUUGUUUUCUUGUAGGGGGUGCACUGACUUGUGUUUCGAUUCAUGUUGGCGAGAUCCAACCUGGUGGUGUGAGAGGAAACCAUAGGCACUACACCUGCAAUGAGACAUUUCUCAUAUGGGGGGCUAAAACGAUAUUCAGGUUGGAGAAUAAUGCGGUCCAUAAAGGUUAUGCUGAGGUAACAGUUGGUGCAGAUGAGGUUGCUGUUGCAGCCAGCCCAAGUGGGACGGCACAUGCUUUAGUAAAUGUGGAUCCUGUACGGAGUACAUUCUUCAUAGGGUGCCAAGACAGUAUAAUCAAUUAUAAUAGCUCGACUUCUGAUUUUAAUAUUUGGAAAGAUCUUUAACUGUUCCUUGUGCAUCUUUGCAUCCCCCCUUCUAUCAUUUGGUAAAUUGGAAUCGUACAUUUAAUCUUAAUUUUUUUGUUUAGUGUGAAAUUCAUACUACUAGGACUUUGAAAGAUGAAGUUUAUGUGCAUAAGCCGCAGUUGCUGUCCUGUUGCUUGGUUUGUUUGUAACCCAUUCUUCCAUGUUAUAUAAAUUGUUCAAGUCACCA